AAUAAAAUUGAAAUACCAAAAUAUACACUGACCGUAAAUGGUCCCCUAUUAAUUGAGAAAAUAAGGUGAUUAUACUCUUUUGUGGGCAUAUCGUGACGUCAUCCACAUGCGACACUCACAUUCCACUCACAUUUAGUUCCUGCCUUGGCUGUCUUUCCCUCUAGGGAUUAUACUGUACAUUAUAUACAUGUAAUAUAUACUGUAAUUUCUUACAUUUUGUCAAAUGUCAAACUAGACAUAGUCAUAGGACAUUUUAUUGUCCACAUUGUUUAUGAGUAAAAAUGGCUGAGGGUUCGUCAGACUGGAGUGAAAAGCAAGCAGAUGAAGCGUCAGAGCUGAUGGAGCUGCUUCGCAUCGACGUGCAGGAAAAGGAGGAGGAUCUUCAGGACACACCUGAGAGAAACCAAGCACACUGUUCAAAGAAUGUGAUGAGGAAACAGCGACACUGGCAGAGGCAGCUGGCGGCUAAAAAGAGCAAAAGGAAAGAGGAGAAACUAAGGAAAAAGUUCAACCGAGAGUCUACGUCCCCUCAGCUUAGCAAGCGGGUCAUGAAGGCCAUCAGCAGAGAGCGAUUAGCUGAGGCUCGUUGCAGCGGCCUCAAAGUGUGUGUCGACCUCAGCAUGACACACUCCAUGUCUGACAAGGAGGUCAGCAGACUCGCGGCUCAGUUACGGAGACUCUACGGAUCCAACAAGCAGGCACUGCGACCCUUCCACCUGUUCCUGACAGACCUGAGAGAGGACAGUCGCCUCUUCAGCGAGUGUGUUCGCAUGAAUGCCGGCUUCCUGCAUUACUCUAUGGAAAUCACGCAGCAGAGCUGUCUGGACAUUUUCCCUGCACAAAGUCUUGUGUACCUCUCACCAGACGCUGAACAAGUGUUGGAGCGUGUAGAGCAGGACAAGGUCUACAUUCUUGGAGGGCUUGUGGACGAAAGCAUCCAGAAGACGUUGAGCCUCAGUCGAGCCAAGGAACUUGGCGUCCACGUGGUGAGGCUCCCCAUCGACGAGUACAUGCAGAAGAAGCACAACGGCAAGAACUUCCACUCCAAGAUUCUGGCCAUCAAUCAAGUGUUGGACAUCAUGCUGACGUUGUAUGACACGGGCAGUUGGACACACGCUCUGAACAAGUGGUUCCCUCAGGGAAAGGGUUAUGUGGUGGCACCACACUGUCAGGACUCCAUUUCCCAUGAUCCUCUGCUGCAACGUCAACUUCCGGCUUAAAUUUUUGACAGUUCACAUGGCUACAUUUUGUCUUUGUAAGUACACUUCUAAAGAACUAAACUGUCCACAAAACAGGACAUGAGCACCUGACACACACUAACAUCGAACAUGUAGGCGAGCGGUUGGCAAACUUUGACCUAUGGACCACAUUGGGUUUAAAAACUUAGCAACUUUUAGUUUAAAAAAAAAAAAAGUCUGUUCUUGUAUACCUUUUUUCAGGAGUACUUUAAAUGUUGAAUCAGAUUUUACAGCUUUUCUACUGAACAAGUGUACAUGAGUCAAGGAACUGGGAUUUACAAUAUGAACUAUCAAGUACAAAACAUCCAAGAGUAUGUGAAUAUCCACCACAAAACAUAAAAACUAUAGAAACAAUCAAGUUUUUUUUGUAGCUUCUCUGUCCCUUUCCGUCACACACAUUCACUCUGUUCUGUAAACAACCCCCCUCUUAGCUUUGUAUCAAAGCGUCGUCCUCCUACAGCUACUGUCACACAGUCCCUAUGAUUACCGUAAUGACCCGUUAUCGCGUAGUCUCCGGCUUCACAAACAAUUGGAAUUAUUUCCAUACUUCAAGACUUACUGCAAUUCAAAAGUAGCAUUGCAAUAAAUAUUGCCUUUGACGUUAAAGGUUUGAAAAUAUGUUUUCGAAAACAUUCGGCAGGCAAGAUUAAAAAGAUUAACCGGCUGUAGUUUGCCCACAUGUGAUUCAGACACAUGCAUGAUUGUAAUCUCACACAGUGUAUUUAAAAAACAAAAAAAAUGUUUUUUAUAAAUCUUUGUAUUCAAAUAAAUGCUAAUGAAA